UCGGAUAUCUCCGUUACACUCUUUUAUCCUCAAAAAAGGAGAGCGAAAGAAGGCAGUUGAAGAGAGUAGGGCUCGGGCGGAGGGACCGCCAUUAUUGGGAGGCUUGGAAAACCACUUUCACCCUUACACACAGUGUAUAUAUCUUAACGUUUAGUGAUAAACUUGGCCCAGAUUGCUUGUGAUUUGACUACGAAACUAGCUGUUGUGUCUCGCGGUAAAGGCUUUGCUACGUGCCGUCAGCGUACGGCGGUGAAAUCAGCAUUUUAUGGCCACAACAAAGGGCAUUAUAAUUGACUAAAACCAACGUGUUUAGGCCGGAGGAAGAUAUUAAAACAAGCCAUUUUCUCUGCGGAAACUACUGGCCUCCAUGAAAGGACAUUUCUUUGUUUGGAUAUGUUAAGCCUUCUGUGGAUUUUGAGAGCCGUUUCAAUGCGAAAGAUAUACUGGUCGCUGACCAAAUAUCUCUUGGAAACUGCAAGUCUGUCACGCCACUGAAACAAUCAAAGAGCCCGCAAGGACUUUAAUGUCCUCGGCCAUUUGGUCUUUUCUUUCUUUCUGGUUUCUAACAACAUUGGCUAAGCUGGUUGUAAGCCUCCUCCCGCUGGCCUGGACGAGGAAAGAGGCUUUCAGAAGAGAAGGAGAGGACAGAGAAAGGCAUUGGUUCGCCCCAGUUCUUGCCUUUGUCCCUUACUCAAGUCCCCUGCCUAACUAUCUCCGAUACCCCCGUAAAUGGGCAGUUUUCUUGACCUAAAAGUGUGAUUGAAGCAUCAAAGCUAAAGCAAUACACACGGCCCUGACUGUGCCAACCUUUGGCCCAUGGCAAGAUGAAUGCCUGCAUACGAUGAUUAUGGCUAAAAAACAAGAAUCCCGAAUGCCUAUCUACAACCUUGCUGUUGUUGGUCUGUCAGGUACUGAGAAGGAAAAAGGCCAAUGUGGAGUUGGCAAAUCCUGUCUUUGUAAUCGCUUUGUCCGUCCUAGUGCAGACGACUUUCAUCUUGAUCACACUUCUGUUUUAAGUACCAGUGACUUUGGUGGCCGGGUUGUCAACAAUGACCAUUUCCUAUUCUGGGGAGAGGUGGGGCGAGUUUUGGAAGAUGGUGCAGAGUGCAGGAUGCAUGUGGUUGAGCAGACAGAAUUCAUUGAUGACCAGACAUUUCAACCCCAUCGUAGCACAGCCUUGCAGCCUUACAUCAAAAGAGCUGCCUCCACCAAACUGGCUUCUGCUGAAAAACUCAUGUACUUCUGCACUGAUCAGUUAGGCCUGGAGCAGGACUUUGAACAGAAACAAAUGCCCGAAGGAAAGUUGCAGGUAGACGGCUUUAUUCUUUGUAUGGAUGUCAGUCGUGGUAUGAACCGCAACUUUGAUGAUCAAAUGAAAUUUGUUACCAACUUGUACAAUCAUAUUAGCAAGACAAAAAAGCCUAUUGUGCUCGUUCUCACUAAGUGUGAUGAAGGGGUGGAGCGAUACAUCAAGGAUUCUCAUACUUUUGCCAUUACAAAAAAGAACUUGCAGGUUGUUGAGACUUCAGCACGGUCCAAUGUCAAUGUUGAUUUAGCUUUCCUUACCUUGCUACAGCUCAUUGACAAGGGAAGAGGUAAGCCCAAGAUCAUACCUUACUUUGAGGCCUUAAAGCAUCAGAGUCAACUAAUUGCCUCUGCAAAGGACCGCUAUGAGUGGUUGGUGAACAACAUUGUGAAGAAUCACAAUGAAACUUGGCCUAACAUCAGCCGACGAAUGCAAACCUUACCUGAAUACAAGGAGUAUGUAUUUUUAGAAGGUACUGGUAAAGCCAAGAAAUUAUUUCAACAACAUAUUCACCGGCUAAAGCAGGAGCACAUUGAAAGGCGUCGCAAAGGAUAUUUGAGCACUCUUCCACUCGCCUUGAGUACCUUGGUGUCUGAGUUGGAUGAAAUUGAGCAUUUGAGCUGGUCUGGGGUGCAGAAGGUCAUUGAGUCCAAAAAAGACUUUGAUCAUUGGUUUGUGGUACUGGAGGAUGCCCCAUGGGAGUUGACACCACAUCUUGACAACAUGGAGGAUGAGCGGAUCCCCUUUGAUGUGCUAGACACAACAGCUGCUGAAAUAAUCUUUGAUGCACACCUUGAACACCUGCGCAAUGAAUGCAAGCGUGCUCAAAUGCGGCAUGAGUUUAAAGCAAAAUUGGCAUCUUCACCUUUUGUUACCCCUGGCAAGCCCUGGGAAGAGGCCCGCAGCUUCAUCAUGAAUGAAGACUUCUACCUAUGGCUUCAGGAGCCUGAAUAUUUGGACAUUUAUAACCGGCACCAGAAAGCAAUCAUAGACAGGGCAAAAGAGGAUUUUCAGGAGCUUCUGCUGGAGUACUCUGAGCUUUUUUAUGAACUUGAGGUAGAUGCCAAACCAAGUAAAGAGAAGAUGGGAGCAAUUCAGGAAGUGUUAGGUGAAGAACAACGCUUCAAGGCACUGCAGAAAUUGCAAGCUGAAAGAGAUGCUUUAGUGUUGAAACACAUCCAUUUUGUGUAUCACCCUACUAAGGAAACUUGCCCUAACAGUCCACACUGUGUUGACAGCAAAAUUGAGCAAAUACUAGCUUCAUGCUUUCCCACACGAUACCCAUUCUUUGGAAAGUCCCAUGUGACUGAUGGAAAGGUAGAUAGGAAAAAUCUUGUUAUACUUGGCAAAGACGGUCUUGCUAGAGAAUUAGCCAAUGAGAUUCGGGCAUUGUGUACCAAUGAUGAUCAUUAUGUGCUUGAAGGUAGAAUGUAUGAACUUGUCCUUCGGCCCAUAGAAGGCAAUGUUAAACUUCCUGUUAACUCAUUUCAUACAGCCACAUUCAUUCCCCAUGGAUGCCUGUGUUUGUACAAUUCAAAAGAGUCAUUGUCGUAUAUUGUAGAAAGUAUUGAGAAGUUGCGAGAGUCCACACUUGGCAGAAGGGACAACCAUAUGACUCAGCUUCCUCUGUCACUCUUGUUAGUAACCAAAAGAGGUGUUGGUGGACUGGGUGACAUUGGUGGAGAGACUGCCCAAGCAUUAAUCUCACAGGGUCAGCAGGUAGCCAUAAAACUGCAAUGUAACUAUCUGGAACCUGCCAAUCCAGGCAUUGGCUAUGGUCGAAAUGUGAAUGAAAGGCAGAUUAAUCAGGUCUUGAAAAGUCUACUUGAAAUUAGGAGGACUUCUACAUUCCGUAGCUGUUCCCCACCUGCACCGCCACUCCCUCCAUGUAAUCGAGACCUACAGCAGGACCAAAUCCCUGAGGCUGAAUUGCGUAUUGUCAUGUGCCUAAUGUGUGGAGACUCUUAUGACAUUGAUCAACUUCUUGCACCAUUCCUGCUCCCUCAACAUUGCAAGCCGACCUCUCCCCAGGCAAGUGGUACUUCAGUGCUGCUAGAACAGACAAUUGGUGGCCACAAGCAUACAAUUGAACUAUCCCUACUGUCAUACCAUGCUUCUUUUGCCACACGUAAAAGUCGGCUGGUGCAUGGCUACAUUGCUGUAUACUCUGCCUGUCGCAAGGCUUCUUUUGAAACCCUGUGUGCCUUUUUGUGCGAGGUUCAGGACAUUAUCCCAAUUCAGCUGCUCGCAGUGGGGGAAACGCAGGCUGAGCUUAUAGACUCCGAGUCUGCUCGUGAGUUUUUAGUCCAAGGUGAAGAACUGGCCCAUGAAAUUGAGGGACGGUAUUGCAGUCUUGUCUGUGGCCCCGGUGGAGUUGGUGGAGGGCUACAAAAAAUGGACCUCUUGGAAUCAUUUUUCACAGAGGUAUUAGAAAAGAAAACCAUUGUUGAGGCCAGCCAUAUGUAUGAAAAUGUUGCAGAAGCCAGUAGCACAAAUGAGAAUGUAUAUUCACCACACUGUGGCUCCCCAAGCCCUGUCACAAUGCUGUUAGAUUCUGAGGAAGACAUGGAAGCUUCCCCGCCUUACCAUGAUGGCACACUAACCUCUCAUGGUGGAUUCAAACUGCCUGACUUGGACUCAGUUGACACAUUCUCUGUGAUCUCUGACCUUAGCACCUUUGAGAACAAGCUAAACAAUAAAGUCCCUCCACAAGUGAGACCCAAACCUAGUGUCACAUUUGACCUCAGAAAACCAAAUUUCAACCCUUAUGUGGAUGCUGUCAGCCAUCGGCGGUCUCUUACUUCCAAUGUGACAUGGCCUCUAGGAGGAGAUUACGAUCCUUCAGACUAUGCCGAGCCAAUGGAUGCUGUCUCUAAGCCACGCCCUAGCUAUGAGGACUGCAUAUACUCUGUACCACAUGACAGCACACAGGGCAAAAUUAUUACCAUCCGCAAUUCCAAUAGGAUGCACUCUAAUGGAGGAGGCAAUGGAUCAGACAGUGAAGGGGAUGGCAGCUCCUUGGAGAGACGUCGCAAGUUCUCAGCAGCGAGGGUGAAGCCACAACUCUAUCGUGAUCGUUCAAAACGACUGGGGAAGUUUAGUACUUUCCGCACUAGUUUUUCUAUUGGUAGCGAUGAUGAGAUUGGCACAUUUUCAAGGUCAAAAGAAGAUGAUGUUUCAGGACUGAAGGGAGACAUACUCAGUGAAGAAGGUGAAGAUCCCAAAAAGAGGAACAUACUGAAAAGUCUUCGCCGACCAGGCAAAAAAACAAGACCAAAGCCUCGACAUUCUGUCUCUAAGCCUUUAGAGAGUAACUACUUCGGGGUGCCUUUGGUUAACGUGGUUUCCCCUGAACGGCCUAUUCCACUUUUCAUUGACAAGUGCAUCCGUUAUAUUGAGGCCACAGGUUUGACCACAGAGGGUAUCUACAGGGUAAGUGGGAAUAAGGCGGAGAUAGAGAGCGUGCAGAGACAGUUUGAACAGGACCACAAUCUGGACCUAGUGGAGAAGGACCUAGUGGUGAACACAAUUGCUGGGGCAUUGAAAAGUUUCUUUUCUGAGCUGCCUGAACCUCUGAUUCCUUAUUGCUCACAGGUGGAGCUGGUGGAAGCUUUCAAAAUUAAUGACCGAGAACAGAGGCUACACACUAUGAAGGACGUGUUAAGGCGAUUUCCCAGGGAGAAUUUUGAUGUAUUCAAACAUGUUAUGAGCCAUCUAAACAAGGUUAGUCAGUGGAACAGAGUCAACUUAAUGACCAGUGAAAAUCUAUCCAUCUGUUUCUGGCCAACACUGAUGCGGCCAGACUUCACCUCUAUGGAUGCCCUGACAGCCACGCGCACCUACCAGACAAUCAUCGAGAUGUUCAUCCAUCAGUGUGCUUUCUUCUUUUACAACCAGCCUCCGGCAGAGUCGCCCACUGGCUUAUUUGCACUCCCUGGACCAAUGGUGCCCUCUGGAUUGCCCCCAUCCCCCACAGCUGCCCCUUCUUAUUGUCCCUUGACCCCACAUUUUACCCCCCUUUUGCAGUCCCCCCCACAUUCUCCCCCUCAGAGCCCACACACAGCCCCUGCAGAACCACAAACACUGUGAGUUGGGGGAAAUGCGGCCCAUGAUUAUUUAGUGACCUGUACACACACACACACCCUUCAAUGCAUGCUUGCACAUAUACAUGCCCUGCACACACACAGACAUCUCAAUGCCUCUAACACAUGUAGCUUGUUUAGGUCAGUGUUGAAUGUGAAAAAAGUGUGCUGAUCUCUCAGUCCUUGUAUUUGGGAAAGAGUUGGUGAUCAUGUACAGUCACACAUCAAACAAUCCAAACACACACCAGAUGAAGGUCAGCAUGCUUUAGAGCUCUUGAAAAGUCUUUAAAAGACAGCAGAGGCUCCAGUUUGUGAUUGUGAUUACCAUGUCAGCACUGCCGUCUAUGUAGUUUAUUACAGAAGAGGGAUGUUCUUAUUUUCCCAAGAGUGAAAUAUGGAUGUUUUAAUCAAAAAGGAUGUGAGCAGACUUGAAAGACUUGAAGAUUUUCCUGCUUGCUCUUUCUCUCCCACUGCAUACUAGCAAAUCUAUGUUUUUUUUUUUUUUCUUAAUUCAGAGUGUAUCUGAUCUCUGUCUUUUUAUCUGUCCCUUUUUCUAUUCUCUCUCUUUCUUUUUUUCUAUCCACCUGCCUUUCUAUGUGAAACUGUGGUAUAUGGGACACUAAAGUCAUGAAAAAUCAUGAAGCACUUAUUCAUUGUCCAACCUUCCAUCUUAAAAGCAUUUUGGGAGAAUAAUAGAAUUACCACCCCCGUUUAUUUCAAGAAUAUGAUUGAAAUCACUUUAGCUGAAAAUAUAUUCACCAGCUGUUGUGUUCCACACUAUUAUCCUUGGUUUAUAUCCCAUGGAAAACAUUUAUCAAAAGAUAAAUGCCAUGGAUUUUGGAGGAUGUUUUUUUCCCUUGUCAGACUUGACAUUCAGACAUCUGAUAGGCCAGAAGGUGAUGCUGAUGAGGAUUUGCUUUGCUAAGUGGCUCCUAUGAAUCUUUUCUGCCUUCAAGCCUUUUAUUGAAGAUUGGGAUUUAAAUGGUAGUGAUAUCAUAUGGUUUUAGGGAAUGCACUUCCAGUUAGCGCUGGUGAGGGGCUCAAGAACACUGAGACUAACUCUGAACUCUGAUUUACUCUGAACCUAAACCCAAACCCUCUCCCCUUAAUUUUGGACUCAAGUAAAAAAUUGUCAUGUUGAAGGCUUUUCAUUAAUGCCUAAUCUGACUGUUUUAAGGACUCUUAUUGUUUUUACUUAAUAGACUGAAGCACUUUUUUGUCUUUUUUUUAUAGACCUAUAUUGUUAACUGAAACACUGAAGACAGGUUGGGUUGUUGCAACUGUGUUAGAAGGAUCAAUAUACUUUUCAAAGUGAAAGUGGAGUGGUCAAACACGGAUUAAUCCUAUUCCUGGACUGAAUUUCCUUUUCUAUGAUUCUCCAUCCUUAUCCGCUAUGAGUAUUUUUUUUGGACCAGCCUGAAUUUUGCCUAACAUGGACCUUAAAGUCAUAUCACAAUUUUUCAUUGUCAUCUUCAUAUAACUGGAUUAGAAUGACAAAUUUAGCCUUUUCUGCUUUUACCAUCUCAUGUUCUGUCAAAACUCCUCUGGACAAAUCCAUGAUGUUGAAAGAUACAAUCAAUGGUUCAUUGUGUGUAGAUUAAAUGUAUAUUACCUAAUUACCUUAAUUUCUUCUCUUUAAACAUGGAUCUCCUGAAGUGAAGGAAAUUAUUCCUAAAUGUGUUUUACUUGCAAAUUCCACUUCCUAUUUCUAUCCAGCCAAGGUAGAAAAGCUGAAGUACCAAAGUAGUGCAAUGUGACUGACGAAGGUUUAACACCAGUUGUAAAUAUUUUAAUGAUAGUUUGGGGAUGAGUAUGUCAGAUUUAACUCAAAUACUUGAUAAAUAACCCAUAUGGCAAAUCUUUGAUUUUGUUUUAUGAUUGUUUUUUUGUUUUUGUUUUUUUUUUUUGUGAAGUAUCUUCUUUCUGUUUAUCUGCUGCUUUUCUACCAGGCUGAACAAAUCUGAAAUCAUCCCAGCUUUACUUGAAGUGUACAAUGUUUCUUUCAUAUUGAGAUUUCCAGCAAAGUGCUUGAAAGCUCUAGAAUUACUGUAGUGACUAGCCUAGAUGUUGAUACAGAUAUUUGUAUGUGUUAUACUUGUAAGAAUGAUGGUUAUCACAAUGUCUGAAGAUUUGAAGCCCUUCAAGAGUGCCAUGAAAUGUUCUCUUAAAUAGAAGUGUUAAUGUAGAAGUAGAUAUUCUUUGGAUAAUUUCCACCAAAAAAUGUGAAAAUUCGAUAAUUUCCUGUCCUUUGUUUCUUUGUGUUGAAGCGAGAAAAUACAGGCGACACUUGAUUGGCUGUGGUUCUGCAGCAUUGGGAGUAAUAUAUAAACAAUGUGCUUCAUUUUGCGCUUCACAACACCUGACCUGCUGAGUUUAUCUAUAUGUUUGCACCCUGAAAAUUUAUAAAUGAACUCUAGGAACUAAUAAGCGAGCCCAAGGCAUAAUCCUGGGAUAGAUGUGACAGUUAUGGGAAUUCUGAUCUGCCACUGUAUUAAUUGAUAAUUAUCAAUAUAAAAACUUAUGAAACC